UAACUGUCAAUGAUCAAGCUGCUGACAUAUUGUUAGCAUGAAAUCCAUAACUAAUAACUACUUCAAAAGACUUAUCCAAUUAUUCAUAGAAUGGGAUGUUAGGAGUGCAUUCUCUUAUCUGUAAGUUAUAAGAAUUUGGUUUUCUUCAUGGGUUGCAUGUAUUCAAAGAAUGGUGGGAAUAACCUUGGUUAUUGUAAUAGCAUCAUUCUUGCUUCCGAAACACCUUUUUCUGCAAAUGAAGUCGAGGCUCUACAUGUUCUUUAUAGAAGACUUUGCAGCUCUGCUAUUGACGAAGGCCAGAUUAACAAGAAAGAAUUUCAGUUGGCUCUUCUUGGGAACUGCGGUCAACGAAACCUUUUCGUUGAUAGGGUUUUCAAAAUGUUUGAUCUCAAGAAUAAUGGAGUGAUUCGCUUUGAAGACUUUGUCCGAUCAUUGAGUAUUUUUCAUCCAAGCACUCCAGAGGCAGACAAAAUUGCUUUUGCAUUCAGCUUUUAUGAUGUACAGAACACUGGUUAUAUUGAGCGUGAAGAGUUGAAGGAAAUGCUCCUGGCAAUAUUUGAGGAACUAGAUGUGAAACCUUCUGAUAACCUGGUUGAAACAAUCUUAGAGAAGACCUUUUUGGAAGUUGAUCUUAAAAAAGAUGGAAAGAUUGAUCAUGAAGAGUGGAGAGAAUACAUGGCAAGCAACCCAUUGCUCAUGAAGAACAUGACACUUCCUUGUUUAAAGGAGCUGACAACUGCAUUCCCAAGCUUUUUCAUCAGCAGUGAAGUCUGUGAUUUAGAUCUAAGAGCUGAAGGGGAUGUUAGUGGCUCAAACAGUAGCAAGUCUUCCAGCAAAAACCGAAAUAUCAGAAUGUAUCAUUCGGUAUGAUAUGUGGGCGUAACUACUUUUAAAUGGAGAAUUUAUUGCUGAGGAAUGCUAUGUGUUAGAUUAUAUCCAUUCAUGUAAUUUCUGCACAUUAAUGUGCUCCCCAUGUGUACAAAAUAUUGAUUGAAUGAGUCCUGAUGCUCAUAUAUUAUGAACAAUGUUUUGACACUCCCA